AUGAAUGAGGAAGUCCCCUUUUCAGGGAAGGACUUGAUGAUGAGCAAUAUCAUUUGUGACAGAAAAAACUUGUUGGUUGGACUUUCAAAUGGAAGUUUGUAUAAUGUCUUGGAAGGUCAUUCUCUUUCUAGGAAAUCAGCCAUCACUUAUUUGGAGUUUUCAUUACCACUAAGGCUGUUAUUUGUUCUCUUCUCUGAUGGACAUUUGGUGCUAUGUUCUAUAAGUAAAAGAGGUCUAAAGCAAGCUGACUCGGUCAAACCUGAGUAUCGGUUAGGUUCUGGUGAUGCAGUAUGUGCAUCCAUUUCGCCAGAUCAGCAAAUCCUUGCUGUUGGCACCAGAAGAGGUGUCAUAGAGUUGUAUGAAAUUAGCGAACCCAUUUCACUUAUUCGUUCUGUUUCUUUACAUGACUGGGGAUAUUUAAUGGAUGAUACUGGUGCGGUUAGUUCUAUUUCAUGGACACCAGAUAGUUCUGCUUUUGCAGUUAGAUGGAAAUUAAGAGGACUUACAGUUUGGUCAAUUUCUGGUUGCUGUUUGAUGUCUACAAUCCGUCAAAUUGGUUUAAAUUCUGUGUCAUCUCCAGGGGUAAAGCAAAACCCAGAUGGAAAUUAUGAACCUUUAAUGAGUAGGACCUCAGUUAUGCAGUGGGAUGAAUACGGUUGUAGACUUUAUGCUGUUGAAGAAGAUGAACUCAAGUUAAUGCAUCUUAAUCUUCCGGUUUCUUAUAUUUCCCAAAAUUGGCCUGUUCUUCAUGUGGCAGCCAGUGAGGGUGGGAUAUAUUUGGCAGUUUCUGGUCUUCAUGGGUUGAUUUUAUAUGACAUUCGAUUAAAUAGAUGGAGUUUUUUUGGGGAUGUGACUCAAGAACAAAAGAUUCAAUUUACAGGCUUGUUAUGGAUGGGGAAGAUUGCUGUUAUUUGCAACAACAUCGAUACAUCCGACAUGUAUGAGUUGCUAUUCUACCCAAGAUACCAUCUUGAUCAGAGCUCACUUCUGUAUCAAAAACCAUUGCUUGCAAAACCCUUGGUGAUGGAUGUCUAUAAUGCCUAUUUACUUGUGACUUACCACCUGUUUGAUGUCCAUAUAUUUCAUGUGAAGUUAUCUGGAGACUUGACUCCUUCCAGUACCCCUAUUUUACAGUACGAGAGCUAUCCAUCAUGA